AGACAUCCGAGACGACGCCUAUAGCGAGGGAGCGACAAUGACGCCGCCGUCCCUCGACGGGAGAUUGUAAAAUCGAGAGACGAACAGUUUGAUCUCUUGCCAUGGACCCGUGCGAGGAGCUCGUCUACCGCGCCAAGCUCGCUGUCCCCUUUAUGAUAGUGGAUGCAUUGAACCAUGUGGCAAUGCUGGACACGGAACUGACAGUGGAGGAGAGGAACCUAGUGGGCUACAAGAAUGUGAUCAGUGCAAAGUGUGCAUGGCAACGUGUACACUCCAUUAAGUUGAAGGAGAAGACAAAAGGUACCCUCUCCCAUUUUCCUUUGGUGUUGAAAGCAUCUUCUCCUAUUUUCCUCUGGUGUUGAGUAGAGUCUUCCACUACA